GGAUUAGCAAGCGCGCACAGUCAUUUAGGGUUAGGAUGCAUAGAACGCUGAACGCAACAAGCAGCAUAGUGAGUGCAUUAGUUUUCAAACUCUAAAAAUGAGUAGCCGAUCUAAAAAAAUUGUAGAAUUGGCCCUUCAGAUGGAGGAGCAUACAGAUGAUGAAAGCGAUUCGGAUCCUUUCAGUGCAGUUGAUUCCGAUUUGGAUCCUAUGUUUCUGCCAUCUAGUAAUGACGAACUAUCUGAUAGCUCUGACAUAUCUCUUACGGAAAUAAUAGGACAGAAAAAGAAAUUUACAAAAACGACAGGGGAAAGACCAGAACAAGUAUACAAUUUUGAGAAUCAACCGUGCUGUUCAAAAUCACUUCCAGUGGCCGAAUUUCAAGAAGCUGGGGUACAAAAUGAAGACGGGACACAGAAUCUCAAUGUUUCAUCGACUGAAACUGGAGACAAUCUUGAAAACGUGUUAGAUGAGGAAGAAGCUGCUGACCAGAAUGAACACACUUGGAGAGAGCCUGUGGGCAAUCACCAAGUGUUUGAUUAUUCUGCCGAAAGCGGUUUACACGCAGGUUAUGCUGCAGUUCUUAUCAACAAUUUAUCUCCAUACAGCUGCUUUCGUUAUUUUGUCGAUGAUGAAAUCAUAAAUGAAAUGGUAAAUCAGACCAAUCUAUAUGCAACCCAAGUUUUGUUCGAAGCUGAGGAUGUGAGUAGAGAAUCAAGGUUACAUCGUUGGGUUCCAACCGAUAAAGGUAGAACUAUUGUUGCCGAUAAUUACUACACCAGUCUCGAGCUAGUGAAUAUACUUCUUGACCAUAAGACACAUUAUAUUGGUACACUAAGAGCAAAUCGGCGAGGCAAUCCAAAAGAAGUUAUUCUGAAAAAACUAAAGAAAGGCGAAAUUUUUGGGCUAGAAAAUGGCAGAGGUGUGUGUGUGCUGAAGUGGAAGGACAAGAGAGAUGUCCUUCUUCUAUCCACUAAGCAUACCACCGAAACCGUAGAUGUUCAACGACGUACUGGUAUUGUCAAAAAGCCACGAGCAGUGAUGGAAUACAAUGAAGCCAAGUCGUCGAUUGACCAAUCUGACCAAUGGCAAGCUACCAUUCACCUGUAA